AUGGCUUCACUGAACGACAAGUUCUUGGGCUGUUUGUCCAGAGCCUACGCGGACGGACGGCCUCAGUCUGUUCUCUUGAUGGCGCUCGAUAACGAGAUCUAUCGCGGGCGCCAAAGACAAUGCCUCAUGAAAGAGUGCCGCAACCUCCUCGCCUCUCCCAUAUGUAAACUCCCUCCCGAGAUUCUUUCGCACAUCUUCUUCCUCUACGCCGACAAUGAAAGCCACCAAGCGCUGUUCGCGCUCAGCUGGACCGCCCUUCUCACGGUCUGCAGGAGGUGGAGGAACGUCGCUAUCGACUCUCCAAAGCUCUGGAGCUACAUUCAUAUUGGUCACCUACCCUCCGACGUCAACUUCCCCAGUCACUCCGCUAUGAUCAGGCGCCUCAAUCUACAACGAGGAAGAUCCAAGUCCCACCCCUUGACGGUCAAGCUCGACAACCUAUACAUCGUCACCUCUAGCUUGCUCGCCCCCUACGCUUCGUGGCUCUGGCGACCGGACGGCCUCCUCUCGCUCUCAGUGCAUGGCGCAUCAUCCUGUGUUGCGGACGUUCUCGCUCGUCUGAAUGUGUCCGAGCAUCCUCGUCUGACCCACUUCGACGUCCGUACCUGUGACUUCGGCGAUCUUAUCCUGACUGUUUCGGACGACUUCCUCGCCGACAAACUGGUCCAUCUGCGUGACCUUGCUCUUACCGACGCACUCUUCAGCUGGAACUCUAUCCAUGGUCUUCGCGGUCUUACCAUCAACUUCAGUGACACCUUCCCUGUGGUUUACCAACUACAAGAUGUCGUCGAUGCUAUCUCUCGCUGCACUGCUCUGGAGACGCUCGAGCUUACCCUACAGAAAAGCGUCACUCCCGUUGCAGACCUGACGAUCAAGCCGAUUGUUCUUCCCUCUCCCUCGCUCGGACGUGUCCGCGUUCAGGGCGCAGUGACAGCUUGUAUCUUCCUCCUUCAGUCUAUGCUCCUUUUGCCGCACGCGAGCGUCUCUGUCACUGUCAGCGGGCCCAACUCGGAGUACGACUCCAUGCUCUACCGCGCUCUUGCUGCACGUAUUAAAGCGCACAAUCGCGCGCCUGUCCGGUCGUUUGCCGUCAAGCAAAACGAACGCAGCGCUUCCCUCAGUCUAUUCGCCUCUCUUCAUACCGACCUCAACGUCUUUGAUCAAUCACCGCGUUCAAGCGCCCGCGCGCCUGAGAUGCACAUCGCCUUUCCCACCGACCCCAACAGCGCGCUUAUCUUGAUGGACGUACUGGAGGCAUGGUCUACCCGCAACACCUUGACGCAUCUCGACCUCCGCGCCACUCAGGAGUGCCCACCGACACUCUGGUCCGGGCUCUUCGCACUUCUGCCAAUGCUCACGACCGUAGCCGUCUGCCCAGAAUGGCCCUCGGCAACCGCGCUCCUCCAAGUGCUCCGUCGCGAAAGCAUCGAUCUUUCCACGCCUCUCUCACACAUCAUCUUCGACGCCCAGAACCUCCGACCCAGCUCAACUGCCCACCGCCCACCGCGGCUCGCUGCCGCACUCAAAGUCGCGCGCGCAAGUGUUCUCACUUUGCUCGAAUACGCCGCGCAGAUCCGACACGAAGGUCGGCCCUUGGGCGCAUUCGAGAUCAUGAACCUCGAGGGGGAUCAAUUGCUGGGCGGGCUAUCGCUCGAGCUGCUCUGUCGAGAUGCGGACUUCAUUCAGAACGGGAGGAGGGACGAGAGGUUGCCGCCUAUGGUUUCCGUCGGCUUCUCGGGGAAUGCUGCUCGCGAUUACUGGAUCCAGUUCCCUCUGCAUGUGCCGUUGGGUUUGCCUUCUAGUGGUUCGGCGUUCGUUUCUGCUUCCUCUGCUUCGUAUCCUAGCGAGCUGUAG